AUGAGCGACACAAAUAUGACAGAAGACGAUUUGUUGAACGGCGGAGAAGAUAUCACAGAAGACGACGCCGAUUUGUCAGCAAUUGAAGGCGAAAUGGCCGAAAUCGAGGAGGAACAACGAAAAUUGAAGGCGAUUCAAAGUGAGCUCGUCGGACAAAUGAGUUUGACACCAGGAACUCAGGGAAGCCACUCGACGACUAGUUUGACGGCUGAAGAACGAGCUGAAGCUGAUUCGAAAAGUGUUUAUGUUGGAAAUGUGGGUUUUGAUGGGAUUUUUCAUGAAGUUCCGGUUAUUUUGAGCCAAAAUUCAUAAUUUUCUCACAAUUUGAUCCAGAAAGUCAGAAAUUUUUGAGUUUUUAGCCAAAAAUGAUCGAAUUUUCUUGAGUUUUACCUUAGAAUUAACCAAAAAUCACAAAAAAUCUUCUGAUUUCAGGUAGAUUAUAGUGCAACAGCCGAAGAUCUCGAACAACAUUUCCAUGGUUGCGGUUCGGUGUCUCGUGUCACAAUUUUGUUCGAUAAAUUCAGUGGACAUCCAAAAGGGUGAGUUUUUUUUUGGAUGAAAUUUGCUUAAAAAUCGAUAAUUUUAACCCGCGAAUCUUAAAAAUCGCUGUUUUUAGGCUAAAAACCUUCAAAAUGUCUGAAAUUUUUCGAAAAACAUAUUUUCACUGUAAAAUACGAUAAAAAGCUAAUUUUGAGCCCAAAAAUCACAGUUUUUAUCAAAACAGCGUUCCUAAUUGCUCAAAAUCAGCAGAUAAGCCAUAUUUUAGCCUAGACUUCAGAAAAAAACCUAAAUUGUCAACCUGAAGUGUUUUAAGGCCCUCAAAUUUCACAAAAAAUCAAUUUUUCUCAUCAAAAACCAUUAUUUACUGUAAAAUUCGUAUGGAAGUAUAGCUUUCAACCCAAAUUUCAUUGAAAAUCACAUAUUUGUUUAUAAAAAGAUCUGAAAUUCCAUAUUUUUGGAAAUUUAACGUAAAACAUCAUUUUUCUCAUAAAAAAUCAUAAUUUACUCUAAAAUUCGUAUGGAAACAUAAUUUUCAACCCAAAUUUCAUUAAAAAUUACAUUUUCUAUCAAUUAGAUCUCAAAAAUCAAUAUUUUCACUGUAAAAUACUAUAAAAAGCUAAUUUUGAACCUAAAACCUUCAAUCUUCUUUAUUUCCCCCUAAAAACAUCUCAGAAAUGUAAAUUCGAAUAUAACCUGAAAUAAAUCAUUCAAACUUCAAUCAAAUACCAAAAAUCCUCAAAUUUAAGCUAAAAAUGUCAAUUUUAGACCAAAAAAUUGCCAAAAACCCCUUCAUUCUCACCCAAUUUCCCAUUUUUCAACCUGAAAUUAAUUUCAGAUUCGCCUACGUUGAAUUCACCGACAAAGAUGGAAUGCAAAAUGCAUUAGCAAUGUCAGAUAGUUUGUUGCGCGGCCGACAAAUCAAAGUCGAUCAAAAACGAACAAAUAUCCGCGGAAUCUCGACAACAAAUCGACCGCCUUAUAGAGGAGCUGGAAGAGGUGGAAGAGGAGGAGCUGGUGGACGGGGAGGUGUUAUUAUUAAAUAUGUUUAUGCUGGAGGAUUUCGAGGAAGAGGACGAGGUGGAGCUGUUAGGUAAGACAUUUUUUGGGAGGAAGAUUCUGAAGAUUUUGAUGGAGAAACACACCUGACGAGACGUGUCCAAAAUGGACACUGUACAUUUUUUUCAAAAGUCACACUGUAUUUUUUUUUCGAAAAAAAUCACCUGUUUUCUUUUCACCAACAUUUCCACAGGUGAUUUCCAAAAGUGUGAAAAAAUGUGCAUGUGUCUCUAUACGUUAUAUGCAUGUUUUUUCAUCCUCAACAUACACAUUUUUCAUCCUUCACAGACACAUUUUAGACAUUUUUGAGGAUCUAAAAAGGAUGAAAAAAGUGUGAAAAAUCAAAAUUUCAGUGGAAGCCUCAAACUUUCAGACAAGGUGUGUGGACUUAAGUUAAGUAUCUGAAAGUGUGAUUUUAAGCUUCUGGGGUCACUUUCAGCUAGGAAAAGCUGAAAAUAGACUGAAAAUCGAAAAUUUUGAAGUUAGGCUCAAACUUUCAGAAUUGGUUGGGGGACCUCUGAAAAGUGUGUGACGAGAUGAAUUUCAGCAUUUUCAGCCAGGAAAAGCUGAAAAUAAGCUGAAAAUCAAAAAUUUUGAAGAUAGGCCAAUAUUUUUGGAUUUUGUUGGGGGACUUCUAAAAAGUGUGUGACGAGAUGAAUUUCAGCAUUUUCAGCCAGGAAAAGCUGAAAAUGAGCUGAAAACCAAAAUUUUCGAUGUUGAACUAAAACUUUUAGAAAUGGUUAGAUGACUUUUGAAAAGUGAGUGAGGCGAUGAUUUUUUUGAUUUUCAGCCAGAAAAAGCUGCAAAUGAACUAAAAAGGAAACUGGCGAAUGUUCUCAUAUCAUUGCUUUGGGCACAGUGUCUAAUUGUAAAUGAGACCAUUUGAGGAGUAUGAUACGAAAACAAAAAAUGUCGCGAAAUUCAUUUUUCUUCAAAUGAAUUGAUCCAUUAUACACAUUUUUCUGGCUCAAAUUCAAAAUAAUCAUCUCUUCAUUCACUUUUCAGAGCUCGCGCAACCAAUAAUGAAUGUUUGAAUCCAACAUCAAAAAUUUCAUUUUUCAGUUUUUUUCUGGCUGAAAAUGCUGAAACUUCAAUAUUCAGAUUCUUCUUCCAACACUCCAAAUAAAUUCUGAAAGUUUCAGUUCAACAUCGAAAAUUUUGGUUUUCAGCUCAUUUUCAGCUUUUCCUGGCUGAAAAUGCUGAAAUUCAUCUCGUCACACACUUUUCAGAAGUCCCCCAACAAAAUCCAAAAAUAUUGGCCUAACUUCAAAAUUUUCGAUUUUUAGUCUAUUUUCAGCUUUUCCUAGCUGAAAGUGACCCCAGAAGCUUAAAAUCACACUUUCAGAUACUUAACUUAAGUCCACACACCUUGUCUGAAAGUUUGAGGCUUCCACUGAAAUUUUGAUUUUUCACACUUUUUUCAUCCUUUUUAGAUCCUCAAAAAUGUCUAAAAUGUGUCUGUGAAGGAUGAAAAAUGUGUAUGUUGAGGAUGAAAAAACAUGCAUAUAACGUAUAGAGACACAUGCACAUUUUUUCACACUUUUGGAAAUCACCUGUGUCUCUUCUCAAUUAAAAACACACAAUUGUCCGAGUGGCUAAGACGCUGCGCCCUCAAUCACAAGGUCACGGGUUCGGUUUUGCUCAACGAAGCAAUUUUUUAUUUUUUUUUUCAAUUUUUUCACACUAUAACAAACAAGUUUAUACCUCAAUAAAUCUUCAUUUUUAAAAUGAAUAUAGUUUCUAGACAAUCUUUUAUCUAAUUGGAACUCCAUGUGCAGUGUGGAAAGUGAUUACUCGCCUAGAAAAACAUAGUGUCCAGUAAAAAACUGUUUUUCAUCAAUUAUGACUUUCAAAAUCAAAUUCCACACUGCACAUGGGUAAAUUCAAAAACUAGGCACAAAAAUACCCCUACUUUGUGAAGAAACCGAACCCGGAGGUUGCCUUAUUAAAAAAUGCCCCGCGAUUCUUUCCAGUGGCCAAUUUUUCCAUCAAAAUGGACACUUCAAAAUAACAGCGAAAUAGGGCAUUUCCACACUGCACUCAUGGUGUUCCACACUGCCUAUGACCUUAGCAAUCUAUCAUAAAAAAUUCAACCAUGUUCGUCAAGUCUAAACUAAGUUUUCCUAACUUCAAAUUUUGAGCAACGUUGCAACGCAUUCGUUUGAAAACAGUUUCCUUUCCACCAACAUUUUCCCCUCGGGAGAAAAGAGAGAUGUGGCCGAGAGGAUAGCAGUUUUGACUGGCGUGCAUGAGACCAGGGUUCGAGUCCUAUUGCCGGCGAGGUUUUUUUUUCGAAAACUUCUGAUUUUCACGCUGCACAAUUUUUUUUUUGAAAAAAUUUCACACUGUACAAAAAUUUUUGGACACUGUCUCUCCAGGUGUGUGGAGAAAACUUGAAAUUUGGUCAUUUUUAACCUAAUUUCUAUCAAAAAUAUGAAAUUUUCAUGAAAAAUUAAGCCAGAAACCUUGAAAUCCAUGAAAAUAUUCGAUUUUCUAGAUUUUGGGGAAGAUUUUGAUGUAGAAAACUCGAAAUUUGAUCAAUUUCAACUCAAUUUCUGUCAAAGAUAUCAAAAUUUCGCUGAAAAUCCAGAUUUUUAGCUAACUUUCAGCCUGGAGAAGCUUAUUUCGAAUCCUGAUGCUCCCAGAGCUCUGAAAUUUCACCUAAAAAAUAAUCCAGGGUCUAAAAAUGCCCAAAAAUGCUCCCAAAGCUCUACAAUUGCUCAAAAGUGCUCCCAGAGCUCUAAAAAUGCACAAAAUCUACCAGAAAUGCUCCCAGAGCUCAAAAAAUGCUUCCAGAGCUCUAAAAUUGCUCGAAAACGCUCCCAGAGCUUUAACAUUGUUCAAAAUCUAUUAGAAAUGCUCCCAGAGCUCUAAAAUUGCACAAAAUCUACCAGAAAUGCUCUCAGAGCUCAAAAAUGCUUCCAGAGCUCAAAAAAUGCUCCCAGAGCUCCAAAACCCCCGAAAAAUGCUCUUUUUUCCAGACGUCGCCCAGGAUUUGCUCCAUAUUAA